UUCCGUCGUCAACCGUUGGCCAGAUCAGACGUUUUCGUAUCGGUGUUCCGUGUACUAUCGACCUUCCCCCCGCCAUAAACCUUCUUGGCCCACCCCACUCCCGCCUAAGUUUUGUAGCUCUCUCUCUCUCAUCGAGUGUGGCGAGAUGGAGAUUUGAUGGUUUGAACCCCGUGCGCAAAAUUUGAUACGAUCGAUCGCGGUUUGUUGGCUGGCAAAGUGUAAAUAAUUUUAACUGUAAAUGUGCCACAACACUUGAAAGGGGCUGUGAGUGAGUAAUUGAUAUUGGGAUCGAUAAACACAAAAAUCCAAAACCGUUCGUCGUUGGAGUGGAGAAAAGUGAAGACUGGUUUAUUAUUAGAAGAAAAGCUGUACAUAUUUACGGUAGUCAUUGUAUCAAUGUGAGUAGUUAUUGGGUGGUGUUAGUUAAAGUUUGAAAAAAAUCUACAAAAUUAAACUGCAGUCUAGUGUAAUUAAAACUGUGUCUCUUUUUUGUUGAUCAUCGCUUAAAAAGUUGUUACACGUCGCUUUUAACGAGUUGUAGGAUAAAACCAACCAAAUAUUAAAUUUAUACAAGUGUAAAGUUAUCGUUGAAUCCAGUUACCACAAAACAAAAAAAUCAAAUUAAGAUCAAUUCUGAAAUAAGUAGUCAGUGCUAGGUGAGCCUCGUCGUCAUGGCCCAGUUCGUGACGCACAUCCAGCCGACGCUGAUGGAGGCCUCCCAGGGGCACAUGCCGCACCACCAUGGCCACCAGGUGGGCAUGCAGCACUCGUCCCAUCUGCCCCACAGUGGCCACAAUAUGCCGUCCCCUCCGACGGGGCACCACCAUCACUUGCACGGUCACGGGCACGGCCACCACGGGGCGAUCGCGCGCAGUGCCAGCCGGGAGAUUUCCAACGGCAAGUCCUCCAAGUCGCACCACUCAUCGUCGGGCGGUGGCCACCAUCACCAGCAGCAGCAGCAGCCCCUUUCGCCGAAACCGGCGGAAUCUUCCCAGCAGCAUCACCACCACCAUGCCGGGGCGCAUGAGCUGCAGCAGCAGUACCAUCAGCAGUACAGCCAUCAGCUGGCCCAGUAUCAGCACCAGCACUACCAGCAUGGGCACCAGCAGCAUUUGGGUUCCGGUGGCAGUGCCGGAACGCACCACGGGCAUCAUCAUUCCAGUUCGUCUGACGGAAACACCUCGUUUCUGCGCGCCGCUCGGGCAGGCAAUCUAGAUAAAGUUUUAGAGCAUCUUAAAAAUAACAUCGACAUCAACACUAGCAAUGCGAAUGGCUUGAACGCGCUGCACCUCGCUUCCAAGGAUGGGCACGUGACCGUUGUGUCGGAGCUGCUGGCUCGCGGAGCAACGGUUGAUGCGGCCACCAAGAAGGGCAACACCGCGUUGCACAUCGCUUCGCUGGCCGGCCAGGAGGAGGUGGUCAAGCUGCUGAUCCAGACGAACGCUUCGGUGAACGUCCAGUCGCAGAAUGGCUUCACGCCGCUGUACAUGGCCGCCCAGGAGAACCACGACUCGGUCGUGCGGCUUCUGCUGUCCAACGGGGCGAACCAGAGCCUGGCCACCGAGGACGGCUUUACGCCACUGGCCGUCGCGAUGCAGCAGGGACACGACAAGGUCGUGGCAGUUUUGCUGGAGAGCGACACGCGCGGCAAGGUUCGGCUUCCGGCGCUGCACAUCGCGGCCAAGAAGGACGACGUGAAGGCCGCUACGCUGCUGCUAGAGAACGAGCAUAACCCGGACGUUACAUCCAAGUCCGGCUUCACGCCGCUGCACAUUGCCUCCCACUACGGCAACGAGGCCAUGGCCAACCUGCUGAUCCAGAAGGGCGCCGACGUCAACUACGCUGCCAAGCACAACAUCAGCCCGUUGCACGUGGCCGCCAAGUGGGGCAAAACCAACAUGGUUGCGUUGCUGCUGGAGAAGGGCGCCAGCAUCGAGAGCAAAACUCGUGACGGGUUGACCCCGCUGCACUGUGCGGCUCGUUCCGGUCACGAGCAGGUCGUCGAUAUGCUGCUCGAGCGGGGUGCCCCCAUCAGCGCCAAGACCAAGAACGGCUUGGCCCCGCUCCACAUGGCUGCCCAGGGUGAGCACGUGGACGCCGCUCGCAUCUUGCUCUAUCAUCGCGCACCGGUCGACGAAGUCACCGUGGACUACCUAACCGCGCUGCACGUGGCCGCCCACUGCGGACACGUUCGGGUAGCCAAGCUCCUGCUCGAUCGCAACGCCGACGCGAACGCCCGCGCCCUGAACGGGUUCACUCCGCUGCAUAUUGCGUGCAAGAAGAACCGCAUCAAGGUGGUCGAGCUGCUGCUCAAGCAUGGCGCCAGCAUUAGCGCCACCACGGAGAGCGGCCUGACCCCGCUGCACGUGGCCUCCUUCAUGGGCUGCAUGAACAUUGUCAUCUAUCUGCUGCAGCACGACGCCAGCCCGGACGUGCCGACGGUCCGCGGCGAAACGCCACUCCAUCUGGCCGCACGCGCUAAUCAGACCGACAUCAUCCGCAUCCUGCUGCGCAACGGCGCCCAGGUUGACGCCCGCGCCCGCGAGCAGCAAACGCCGCUGCACAUCGCGUCCCGCCUCGGCAACGUGGACAUCGUGAUGCUGCUGCUGCAGCACGGCGCCCAGGUCGACGCCGUCACCAAGGACAUGUACACGGCGCUGCACAUCGCCGCCAAGGAGGGCCAGGAUGAGGUCGCUGGCGUUUUGCUGGAGAACGGGGCCCAGAUUGAUGCCGCCACCAAGAAGGGCUUCACGCCGCUACACUUGACUGCCAAGUACGGCCACAUUAAGGUCGCCGAUCUGCUGCUCACCAAGAACGCACCGGUAGAUGCCCAGGGCAAGAACGGGGUCACGCCGUUGCACGUCGCCAGCCAUUACGAUCAUCAGAACGUUGCACUGUUGCUGCUGGAGAAGGGCGCCAGUCCCCAUGCUACGGCCAAGAAUGGCCACACGCCGCUGCACAUUGCCGCCCGGAAGAACCAGAUGAGCAUCGCUACGUCACUGCUGCAGUACGGUGCCCAGGCUAACGCCGAAAGCAAGGCCGGAUUUACGCCGCUUCAUCUCAGCUCGCAGGAAGGCCACCACGAGAUGUCCGCCCUGCUGCUGGAGCACAAGGCUAACCCGGAUCACCAGGCACGCAACGGACUGACGCCGAUGCAUCUGUGCGCCCAGGAGGACCGCGUCAACGUAGCACAGGUGCUGGUCAAGCACGGAGCCGACACGCAGGCUCCGACCAAGGCCGGCUACACUCCGCUGCACGUAGCGUCGCACUUUGGCCAGGCCAACAUGAUCCGGUACCUGCUGCAGGAGGGCGCCGACGUGAACGCUUCAACCGCCAUCGGGUACACGCCGCUGCAUCAGGCCGCCCAACAGGGCCACUGUCACAUCGUUAAUAUCUUGCUUGAGAACAACGCUGACCCGAACGCGAUCACCAAUAAUGGACAAACCUCACUGAAGAUCGCCCAGAAGCUGGGCUACAUCAGUGUGCUGGACUCGCUGAAGCCCGUUACCGAAGCCGUCACUACGCCGGAUCAGCCUCCGCCAUCCGAGGAAAAGUACCGCGUCGUCGCGCCGGAAGCUAUGCACGAGACGUUCAUGUCCGACUCCGAGGAGGAAGGAGGCGAGGACACCGUGCUGUCCGACCAGCCGUACCGCUAUCUGACGGUGGACGAGAUGAAAUCGCUGGGCGACGACUCGCUGCCGAUCGACGUGACGCGCGACGAGCGUCACGACUCGAACAAGAUGGCGCUGAGCAGCGAGUUCCCGCCGACGGCAGGGCUGGAGGACUCGAUCAGCCCGCAGCACGCGUCGAUGGUCCAGUCGGGCAUCUCGGUGACCGACUUUGCCGACAACAUCAACAUCGAGCGCCAGUCUCACGUGGGAAAGCUACACUGGAAGAACUUCCUGGUGUCGUUCCUGGUGGAUGCCCGCGGUGGAGCCAUGCGCGGAUGUCGCCACAGUGGCGUUCGCAUCAUCGUUCCGCCCAGGUCGGCUGCUCAACCUACCCGGAUUACGUGCCGCUACGUGAAGCCCCAGCGUACGAUGCAUCCGCCGCCGCUGAUGGAGGGUGAAGCCCUGGCAAGCCGAGUUCUGGAGCUGGGCCCGGUCGGAGCCAAGUUCCUGGGGCCGGUCAUCAUGGAGGUGCCCCACUUUGCAUCGCUUCGCGGCAAGGAGCGCGAGAUCGUGAUCCUGCGUUCGGACAACGGCGAAACCUGGCGCGAGCACAACAUCGACAUGUCCGAAGAGAUUGUCCAUGACGUGCUGAACGAUUGCUUCGAACCGGAAGAUCUUGCCCAGCUGGACGAGCUCGGCGGUGGGCGCAUCUGCCGCUUCGUCACGUAUGACUUCCCGCAGUACUUUGCGGUCAUCUCGCGCAUCCGCCAGGAGGUGCACGCGAUCGGGCCGGAGGGCGGCAUGGUGUCCAGUACGGUGGUGCCGCAGGUGCAGGCCGUCUUCCCGCAGGGCGCCCUCACCAAGAAGAUCAAAGUCGGGCUGCAGGUAAAUUUGUUCAAACCGCGCAAGGGCGUGGCCCCGGAGAAGCUGCGCAAGAUCAGCGUCAACCACGUGCCCAAGAAGAAGCGCUUCUCGCUGAUCUGGUAAAGAAGUUGCAGGUGGGCCCACAUGCCCACAGAUAUGGGAAACAAGGCGAUUUGAACAGUAACAUGUGUUGGAAGACAGAGGAAAAACAGCAUCACUUUAGGACAUGCUUCCAGGGGUUGGGGACGAUGUUCAUUGUAUAUGCUGCGUUUAGUUUGAACGCGCGUUGUAAUUGCAUGACCGUAGAAGCGUUUUCCAAUACCCAUUCGUAAAUACUCAAAAUUUGCUUUUUAUAAUCGUAUUUUGUACUCUUAUUUUGCUUACAAACACGGAACGGAACGUUCUCGGCAGAAACAAUAAAAAGAAACAAGCAUGUUUUUGCAAUCAAACAGUCGUAGAUCCAACCCGCAGCGGAAGCAGCAUUUUAAUAAAACAGUUAAAUAUUUAGAGGAAUUGAGGUGGCAUUUGAAUAGUUACAGAAAACAACACACUAACAUUACACACAAACGCAAUAAUCACGCAAACGUUUAUCCUAACAAUCGCUCAUUCAUCUAUCUCUAGCACCUAGAAUAGACUCGGAACGAGACGGUGUGGCAAGGGCAGAAUAUUUUGUUAGAUUUCUCACCAAAUUUAACGACAAAUUUCUGCCAUUUUGGAAGGGUGGUUUGUGGGAAUUACUUGGAUCACAUCUUAAUCAGAGAGAAUUACAACAUUAUUUUCAAUAAAAGGUAUUAAGAAGUCAGAAGCCUGCAAGUUAAAGCAAGUUUAAUCUCAAACCUUUGAUUUUAGAAAAAUUACCAACCUUGUUUCAAACAUUGAUAAAAGUUAUUCCCACAAAGUUUUUUGUCUUACGAUUAAACCCGUCAACCAAAUAUUAAAAUCAAACUCACGUGCAAUCAAAUAUAAUAAUAAUAUUCAACUUUACAGUGUACUGUUAAAAGUUGUAGAAAUUACCGCAUACCGCAUCAAUAUUUUGUAUAAUGGUCCACUGCUGAUCUUGAAUGUUGAUUUUCUACCGAAACCAUACAAAGGCUAGCAAUUCUUUAUUUUUAUUUUUGUUCAUCCAUUCCUUAUGUCAAAAGAAGUCGUUUUUCACAAUUAAACAUAUCAACAUUACAAAAAAAGUGUGCCAUGGUAUUUCAGCCACACUUUUUUCUACUGUUUGUGCCACUUCGCGAUUUUGACAUUUCGGGCGUGCACCAUUCGUGACGCCAUCUUCGCUUAAAAAUCAGCAUAGUCACAAACAAUCAAUGAAGGUAAGGGAUGUUAUGCUACAGACAUGACCAAUAUGACAAAUACGAAUUUUGG